AAAAGUUAUGCAGAUAACAGGAGACGUGAUUUGGUGUUUGGGGUUGGAGACCAUGUAUUCCUUAAGGUGUCUCCUAUGAAAGGAGUAAUGAGGUUUGGUGUUCGUGGUAAAUUGAGUCCUAGAUUUGUUGGGCCAUUUGAGGUUUUAGAUCGAAUUGGUGAGGUAGCUUACAGACUUGCCCUACCACCUUCACUAGUUGGAGUUCAUAAUGUUUUUCAUGUCUCAAUGUUAAGGAAGUAUAUACCGGAUCCUAGUCAUGUGAUUGAUCAUGCACCGUUGCAGUUUAAGGAGGAUUUGACAUAUGAGGAACACCCUAUACGAAUUGCUGAUAGGAAGGAACAGGUUUUGAGGCGUCGAGUCAUUCACUAUGUUAAGGUUCAAUGGAGUAAUCACUCGGAAAGAGAAGCUACUUGGGAACUUGAGGAUGAAAUGAGACAAAAGUAUCCACAACUUUUUGAGACUCCAGGUAUGUCAAAUUUCGAGGACAAAAUUUCUUUUAAGUGGGGAAGAAUGUAAAAUCCAAAUUUUUAUGUGUAGAAUUAUUUUUGGAUAAAGUAGUAAUUAAAUUAAUUUAUAUGGGUCAUUUUAGUAACAUCAAGGAAUUAGUUAUGAGGUGGUUUUUUUUUUAAUUUUUAUUACUUAGAUGGUUAAGUUUGUAAUUUUGGGAGAUUGGGUUAUAGGCCCACUUGGGCUUUAGGUCUUGGAAACAUAUAAGCACAAACAAAU